UGGGUGUAUCAACUGGAAUGUAAAAUUCCUUCCUCUUGGAGAAACUGCUGAAAGUCAGCAACAGAAGAAGGACAAGCUCAAGAUGAUCUCUCUGCAGAAGGAGGCCAAUCCUGAGGAGAUGAAACAAUUACUGAGGACAACUUUCUACUCACAGCGCAAAGAUAUUAACCAGGGGAAAAGCAUUCAAGAUGUCUUGGAAGCCUGGCCUGUUUUAUUUCAUGAUAUUGGGAUGGCUGUACACUACAAGGAACUUACUGGACUUGGAUUGAAGGAAACCUUCAUGAGGAACAUGGAUAUGAAGGGAAAAAGACUGCUGAACUACAUGAACACUGUUUGUGUGAACAAAAACAAAAGGUUUUUCCAGGCUCCGACAAAGUUGAAGAUGUUAAGGGGAGAACUGGACGGUUACUCUGAAGAUGUUAAAGAGCUGAUGCUCCUACUUCUCUGCUACUUCAAUGAAAAUGAAGAAGCAAUGUUCUUCUGUGUGGAGGACACAUGCCUAGCUGAAGAAGUACAGAUGGAGAAUGUCUCCUUGACUCCCACUAUCAUUGUGUGUGGUCAAUCCUGCUUCCAUGCUAAACGAUUCAUGCUGAGUGUGGAUCAACAGAUUGGAAACAACAACAUCUCCUGUUUUAUUUCUGCCCUCUGCAUGAUGUUUGGGAGCUAUUAUUGUUUUAACAUACAUUAUCCAUCGGGGCUGGCGUCUACACUGGAGUUUCUGCAGAGGUGUUUCUUCUCAAUCAACCCAGACAAGGGCAGUAAGGUGGAAGAAACCCGUAAACCCAGACUGCGUGUGAACCCCCGUGUACUCACCUUGAUCCAGAAACUUUUGGAUCAUGAGUGGCGUGAUGUUUGAGAAAGGACUAAAGUCAGUGAGUUAUCAAGACAGUGUUUAAUCUUAACAGAGCUGAAUAGAUUUGUAAAUGUAUGUUGCAUCUCACACUGUGUCUGCUGAAGUUAAAAAAGUUGAAAAGACAUAUUUAUAUUUGUUCAGUGGCUGAAUUUUGCUCAAUGUCAGAAAGGACAAAUGAGAAUUUCAUUGAA